UGGUAAUAUUAUUUGAUCUUUGAUAAUAUUUAAAUGGGAGUAGGAUACUCAGGACCAAAGCCUUUGAAAGUCUUCUUUGAUUAUGGAACACACUUUGCAGUGGCUCUUGACUGAGCCAAUUAUCAUGAAGGAUCUAAGGCAUCAGGGAACUUGACAUUUACUCUGGAUAGAAGCACUCCUUCUAUUAGUGUUUAUGUUUCAAUUAUUGGUUAUGAAAAUGUAUUGUGGAGAAAAAGAGUGAGAAGAGGCAAGAACUCAAGAGUUGUUACAUACAGAGAUCAUACUGCUGCUUGCAAUCAAAAAUUUAUGGUCAUGCAAUCCAACGAAGGAUUUUUGCCUGGAACUUAUUCAUAUCCUUUCAACUUCCAAGUUCCUGCCAACAUUCCUGGCACUUACGGACAUGAAAGUGGCUAUCACUCAAACAAAGCUCAGUGAAGCUGUACCUACACUUUUUACUGUGAACUUAUAACAGCUGCUGAACCUAUAGCUUUGUUAGGAAGGGCUGCCUGUCCAAUAGUCAUAAUGCAGAAGGCAAGGACUCCAUACAACUAUGACAUGAAAGCAGACAUUACCAACAAAGUGACGACUUGAUGUUGAGUCAACAGAGGAAAUGUGGGCGUGCAUUGCACUUUCGAAAAAGAUGUUGUCAGGAUAGACGAAGCAGUCCACAUGAAAUUCAGAAUCGACAACUCUGAUUGCAAAAUUUCAAUUUCUAAAAUAAAAGCUACUCUUAAAAGAAAGCUGUUCUUAAAAUGCAGAGAUGGGUUAUCCACCUACAGAGAAAAUGUCAUGAUCGCACUUCCUUUGCCUGGAUGUGCAGCAGGAGAGAAAAUUGAUGAGAAAGUUGUUAAGUUUGAUCUAAACAAAGCCAGAGACAUUGGAACUCCUGCUGGCCUGGCUGGAUCUCUCGGAGAGUUUGCAGGCAAGAUACAACAAACUUGUAAUGGAAGCCUUAUCAACUGAUCUUAUGAAUUACAUGUCACUGCUGAAGUGAGUGGUUGUGUCUGUUGAGAAAGUCAUCCUUCUGUGUAUGCACCAAUUGAAAUAUUGGCACCUGAGAGAGUGCUAGUGUUUCAGCCAAUGAUAUAUGCACCUAUAGGAGGAGAGGAGCUGCAAGCAGCACCAGGUGAGGGAGUCCCAGCUGAAGGUGCACCUUCUGGAGCUUACCCACCAGGAGGUGUUCCUCCUGGAGCAUAUGCUCAAGCUCCAGCUCCUUAUCAAGCACAAGCUCCACCACCAAUCCCUGCUCCAUAUGACCCCAGCCAACAAUAUACCAACCCAACCAUCCCAGCGCCUCCUUCAAUAGGCUCAGAAGCAAGCAAGGUAAAGAAGGUUGAGAAUGAGGAGGAUUCUCUUGAAUAAAAUCACCAGUAAUUUCAAACCUAAAAGUCCUAAUUCUCAUAAAAUUUUA